GCCGGGGCUUCAUUCAACUUCCAUCCCGCCAUUAAUUUCCUUUGUUUCUUCAUCGCUCUUUCAUUCUUAGCUUCAAUUUUAUAAACAUAUAUAAUGGCGUCUGCUUCUUCUUCAUCAGUUACUCUCCAACUCCAACUGCAGUUUCCAUUUCAGAAAUCCUCCUCAUUCUCCUCCUCCAAGAAGAAGAAGACUUUUACCCGCCGUUUGAAGUUCCGGCCGGUUUGCAUAUCGGUGUCGGAGAACCCGCCGCCGGCCGUGUCUGUGCCGCGGCGGCGGCCGUCUCCCGCCACCCUGCCGCUGCGUAAAAUUCCCGGGGAUUAUGGGCUUCCUUUUGUUGGGCCGAUGAAGGAUAGGAUUGACUACUUUUAUAAUCAAGGUAGGGAGGAGUUUUUCCGGCAGCGUAUUCAGAAGUACCAGUCGACGGUGUUCAGGACCAACAUGCCACCUGGCCCCUUCAUCUCCUCCGAUUCCAAAGUCGUGUGUUUGCUCGACGGGAAGAGCUUUCCCACGCUCUUUGACGUCUCCGUCGUCGAAAAGCGGGACGUUUUCACCGGAACUUACAUGCCCUCCACUGAACUCACCGGCGGCUACAGGAUUCUCUCCUACAUUGACCCCUCCGAGCCCAACCACGCUAAACUCAAGAAUCUCAUGUUUUUUCUCCUCUCCCACCGCCGCCAUCACCUUCUUCCCGAGUUCCAUAAUGCUUACGCCGAGAUGUUUGACACUCUGGAGAAUGAACUCGCCGGUAACGGUAAAGCUGGGUUGAAUGCGGCUAACGAUCAAGCUGCUUUCAAUUUCUUGGCUCGCUCUCUUUACGGGGUUGAUCCCAUGAGAACCAAACUCCGAUUAGACGCCCCCAAGCUCAUCGGAAAAUGGGUAUUGUUUAAUCUUCAUCCUGUCCUUAGCCUUGGACUCCCCAAACAGAUAGAAGAUCCCCUCCUCCAUACUUUCCGGCUCCCCCCUGCUUUGGUCAAGAAAGAUUACCAAAGGCUUUAUGAGUUUUUCUACGAAAACUCCACCGCUAUACUCGAUCACGGCGAAAUACUCGGCGUUUCCCGAGAAGAAGCCUGCCAUAACCUCGUCUUCGCCACCUGCUUCAACUCUUUCGGUGGAAUGAAGAUCUUCUUCCCCAACAUGCUCAAGUGGAUCGGCCGCGCCGGUGUCAGCCUCCACACCCAACUAGCUAAAGAAAUCCGCUCCGUCGUCAAAGCCAACGGCGGGAAAAUCACGAUGGCGGGGAUGGAACAGAUGGAGCUGAUGAAAUCAACGGUGUACGAGUCCUUUCGUAUCGAACCGCCGGUGCCCACCCAAUACGGCAGAGCCAAACGCGACAUUGUGAUCGAGUCCCACGACGCUAGAUUCCAAGUUAAAGAAGGCGAAAUGCUGUUUGGGUUCCAGCCAUUCGCCACCAAAGACCCGAAAAUCUUCGACAGGGCUCAAGAAUUCAUCCCCCACCGAUUCGUGGGUGAGAAAGGAAAGGCACUGUUGAAGCACGUUCUCUGGUCAAACGGCCGUGAAACGGAGAAUCCGACGGUGAACGAUAAACAGUGCGCCGGGAAAGAUUUCGUGAUGUUAGUUUCGAGGCUGAUGUUGGUGGAGCUCUUCCUCCGUUAUGAUUCUUUUGAUAUAGAAGUGGGAAUGUCGCCUUUAGGUGCAUCUGUAACAUUAACAUCACUCAAAAGAGCUACCUUCUGAUGUAACAUCUAUACCAUUAAUAUUUAUACAAGAUUUCAAAGUUUUUUUUCUAAAA